AGGCCUGGCUCGGGCCUUCACUGCGGCGCGGACCGCGGAUGCGCGCACCCGCCACAGGCGCGGGGCCGCGCACCAGCGGGCGCGCGCCAUGCGCGCGGCGGCCGCGCUGGGCCGGCUGGUCGGGCUUGUCCUGCUGGCGCGGGGAACCUUCGGCGCAUUCGACCUCACCAGAGGCGACGACCUCGUCGUGAAGGGCUCGGGCACCUCGCACGUCUCGGUGGCGCACUUCAACGAGGAGGUGGGCGUCGUGUGCUACGUGGACUGGGCGGGCGGCGGCCGCGGCACCUGCAACCUGCUCGUGCUCGGGAACGCCUCGCUGCGCGCCGGCCAGGACCUGGUCGUGACCGAGAACGAGGCGCUGUACAUUGCCACGGCCCACUUCUCCAACUCCUCCGUGGUCAUGUGCUACGUGGACACGGGCAACGAGGGGCGCGGGACCUGCACGACGCUGCUGCUGUCCGGCGGCGCGCUGGAGAAGGGCGAGGACCUGCUUGUGAGCGAGACGUCCACCGGCCUCAUCUUCAUCUCCGUGGGGCAGGUCGACGAGGACACCGGGGUGAUGUGCUACUCCGACACCGGCAGCAGCAUCUUCGGGGCGUGCACCUGCAGCGCCCUCUUCCUCUCGGGGACCGAUCUCACCAAGAGCGAUGAGCUGGUUGUGAACAACGCCUUCGCGUCCUACAUCUCCCUGACGCGCCACUCGGACAGCUCUGUGAUAGCCUGCUACUCGGAC